UCAUACUUCUCAGAUUCAUCUCAAAGAAAUGCACCUUCACAAUAUAGACACCCCGAGGAGCCGAUGGGAGCAGGGCUUGCGGCCGCCGUGGGUCACCCGAUUGGCUGGAGGGCAAAGCCCCACCUCUUCAGGGGUGGAGUCAGACACAGAGAGCAGCAGCACAGAGAGUGAGAGGUCUCCAGCCAAACGGUUAGAGGCGCGGUCACCGAGGAUCCUACUAUUGCCCUCCAUGCUGCAACAGCGAAUCACAGAGAUCGACCAGCAGAGGGAGGAGCUAAAGAUAGAGCUGCAGUUGGAGAUAGCCCUGUUGGAGGGGGAGCUGCAUGAGGAGAGGAACGAGCUGCGCAGACACACUCUGGAUCUACAGACACUGCAGGAGGAAGGCAGGCAUAAGGAGACACACAGACAGACGGACAGACAGAAGGAGCGAGCCAGUCUGGAGGUGGAGAGGGCUCGGGUUGAGGAGCUGAGGAGUAGGUUGGAGGAGAAGGAGACACUGAUCCUCAGUCAGCCAGAGGGCCAGAGAGAGCAGCUACUGGUCCAACUACAACAGGAGAAAGAGACGGUGGAUGCAGCCGGCCGGGUGUUCGAGGACUGGGAAUUCCGUGUCCUGGAGAGCGAGGCCGMAACAGAGGAGGAGGAGAGCGAAGGAAAGAUGGAAGGGAAGGAGAGAGGGAACGAGGAAGAUAAGGAGAAGGAGAUCUCAUGCCAAAAGCAUGCUGUCAACUCAGCGCAGGAGCGYGUCCAGCAGCUUGAGAAGCAGUUGCAGGAGAUGGAGAGAGAGAAGGAUAGAGAGAUGAAUGCCUUGAGGAAGGAGAGGAGAGAGUUGAUCCACCCCACUCAAAGGGUAAUAAGGGAACAGGUCUUGAAAGAGAAGAAGCCACUCGCUGAUUGGUCCAACAUCCCCAGCUCGGUCCCUUGCAUGAUGUCACUCUCGCCGCUGACCAUUCACAAAUCACCUCAGGUGUGUUGCCGGGCCGUUACCAUUGACACGGAUCAUGUUUGCCACUUGAACAAGCCCAAAGAAUCCGCCAGUUUACCCCCGGAGACGGAGCUGCACCGCAACAAUAAGCCCGUCCGAUAG